AUGGAAGUAGAUAUACCGGGUGUUACUAAACAGGAGUUUGAACAAUGGAUUCAAGAAUUGCAAAUAAAAUCACAUCCUAAUUUGUCUAUCGAAAAGAGUAAAUUGGGUGGUUAUGGAUUGUUUUUUACAGCAAAUGCUAAUGCUGCUCUGCAAGUGCUAGAUAAUGGAGAAGUAAAAGAAGAAGAAGAAGAAGAAGAAAAAGAUGAUGAUAUCGAGAUCUUAAGAAUUCCACACUGCUAUAACUUGAAUACUUUGGGGAAUCUUUUACGAGAGGUGAAACAGAGAGACGAACAAUUUGAAUCUGUAGAACCAAAAGAGUCCUCCAUUAUAAUUAACUUUCUUAAAGCAUCACAGCAGUCAGAGACCGGGAUCUUGCUAUCCUACAUUCUAGCAUUCCAUACUAUCAAAGGACUACCAGAUAGCGAAUAUCAUAGAGAAUCACCAUUGCGACAAUUCGAUGUAUAUUUACAAGUCCUUUAUACAACUUGGGUACCGGCACUCGCCCAAUUAAAUAAUAAACAAGGUGAUGUCGAAUUGGACAAAAAUACCAGAAACCAAGAAAACGAAGCAAAGGAAGCAAGCAAUGGGGAAACUGCAUUGGACUUUGUUAGAUUCACCGAAUUUGUAAAAGAAGAAUACCAAAGGUAUAUUGAGGAAGUACAAACGAAUAUUCCAAAUCUUGACAUAAUAAAUACCAUUACCUGGGAAGUGUUUUAUCAAUAUUCGCAGGCGAUCCGCUCAAGGAUUCUUGAAAUCCCACGAAUGGUGGGAGUUGAAGAUGGCGAAGAAGUAUACACCACAGAUGUAUCGCUUGUCCCAAUUUUGGACUUUGCCAACCACGCUACUCUGGGGACAAACAAUCUGUACUUUGACAUUGAUCUAGAAACAAAAGAUAUAAUUUUGAAUUUGAGCCAGCCGCUGAAUGGAAAGUUUGAAAUAACGAUUAGCUACGAUCCCGAUGACACAACAGAUCAAUUCCUUUUCACAUAUGGGUUCAAAAAUUAA